AUGAAAAUCUCGCUGCUAACCUUCGCCCUGGUGGCAAUUUUCGGCUCCAGCUCAUGGAUCGGAACGAAUAGUGUCUGGAUGGAGUUGUCUUUGCUGACGGCGAAACUUCCAGAAGGAUGGAAUCUGCCGAGCUACUUGUCGGCUAUUGUUCAGAUCGCGUGUUUGGGACCACUUAUCUAUUCAAUUAUUCUUAAAGGGAUCAAAGUUUCUAUUCCAACUGUGCCAUUGAUUUUUGUCUUUAUGAUAUUGGCAUGUUGUUGUCAGUUAGGACUAUGCUUCUUCUGGUCCGACACCAGCUACAUCUUCGGCGCCGUCCGUUCUUGGCCUCUCUACCUUCUCCUAUUCGGUUUAGCCAUCGUCGAUGCGAUAUCUAGUGUACUAUUCCUCCCAUUUAUGGCGAAAUUUCAUCCGGCUUUUCUAAAUGCAUAUUUUGUUGGAAUGGGUUUAAGUGCACUGAUUCCAAGUCUCUUAUCUCUUAUCCAAGGGACAUCGAACUAUUGGUGUGAUGGGAAUAAGGUGCCUCACUAUGAUCCACCAAGGUUCUCGGUUUCCGUAUUUUUUCUUAUCAACUUCUUCUUCACUUGUGCUGCACUUGGAGCAUUUGUGAUUCUGUACAAGACGGGGGCACAUAAGAAUUCAACAAAAGUGGUUCCUGAUACACUUGACACUCCAGCCGAAUCAGUGGAAAAGGAGGAAAGCAGUUUUCAGGAGACUAGUGCUUCUGGAGCCCGUCUAGCAUUCUUACUAAUUGCCACUGCUUUGGUGAAUGCGCAAAUGAAUGGAAUAGUGACUAGUGUUCAAAGUUAUGCAACGUUGGUUUACUCACAGAACACCUAUCACUAUGCAGUAACGCUCGCCAAUGUGGUCUCGCCAUUAGCGUCAUGGCUCCAAUUCUUUUUGAAAAUUCAAAGUAUUCCAUUUCUAGCAGCCCUCACUUUAUGCUCAUCGUUUUGUACUGGAGUUAUAGUCUACUUGGCAGCACUGUCACCGAAUUGGAUAUUUGGAUCGGAAGCUGUAGGCAGUGCUAUAUCUAUAGCGAGUUCACUGAUUGCUGCAGGAUUACACUCAUAUUUGAGAGUCAUGUUUGCGGCGUUGCUACGAGAAGGGAAUCAUAAAGAGUCGAGGUUGUUCUGGUGUGGAGCAUUUAUUCAGAUUGGCUCCUUCACUGGCUCUGCAAUAAUGUUCCCUCUGGUUAAUGUCUGGAAACUCUUCCGUUCUGCUCCAUCCUGUCGGUAA